CAUUUAGGUACACAAAGAACCAGUACAAUGUGUUUGAGGUAAACCAGACUGGGUAUGACAACUGCACCUUGGACAGUGCUGUAGGGAACUGGAGCAGUGGCAAAGACUUCAUACCCCUCAAUCAGGCCAAGAGGUAUUACUUCAUUUGUGGCAAUGGUCAAUGCUACAAUGGCAUGAAGGUCUCUGUUGUUGUCCAUCCUCUGCCUUCACCACAGGCUGCCCCAAGUGCCCAUAAUUCUUCAUCAGAUUCUGCUGUCCUGGUUGUUCCUCGACAGGGAUUUCGGGCCUUAGCGGUUUCUUUGGCAAUGCUGUGCUUUGGAUUCGGAUGGGUCUAG